ACCCACAUAUAAUAUAUAACCAAUCAGGCCCAAUACACGGCCCUAUCUCUUCGGACAUUCACGCGCCACCCACCAUGGCCUCCCCAAAACAAACACCCACCGACCCACCACCCAUCUACUACCACCCUCUCCCUCCAGAAGACCAACCCCAGAACUACAUCAUCAUAUUGCCCCACCAUCCUUCCACCCGUAGUCGUCGCCGCCUAUGGCGUCGUAUCCUCCUCUGGACCACCUCUCUCCUCAUCGCCGCCGCUGCUGUUUACCUCCUCUGGCCCUCCGACCCGGAGCUAUCCAUCGUCCGCCUCAGCCUCGACCGCCUCAAAAUCCGAGUCCUCCCUUCUCCUUCUCUGGACAUAACACUAGACCUCGUCGUGAAAAUUCGGAACAGAGACUUUUAUUCUAUUGAUUACGAAUCUGUAAUUGUUGGCAUUGGGUACAGGGGAAAACAGCUAGGGGUCGCGACGUCUGCUCAUGGCCAUGUCAGAGCAAGAGCAUCGUCGUAUAUCAACGCUACUCUUGUGCUUGACGGCGUUGAGGUUCUUUCUGAUGCGAUUCUUUUGCUGGAAGAUUUAGUUAAAGGUGUGAUUCCGUUUGAUACGGUUUCCAUGAUCCGGGGGCGGAUAGGAUUGUUCUUCUUUGAAAUUCCUAUUGAGGCAAAAGUGUCAUGCGAAGUCGAAGUAAAUACAGACAACCAAACAGUUGUCCGUCAAAACUGUUACCCUGAGUGAUGAAUGUUUCAAUACAUGGGCGAAGGAGCUGCGCUAGAGGGGUGAAGCUUGCAUCGGGACCUAUGUACCUUUUAUAUAGAUUUACGUGGGUGUGUGAAUCUGGAACUCGUUAUACUGCUUAUGUAAAUAUGUCAUCAGAUCAUGGCAGUGGGAAAAUAUUAGGUCAAUGUAAUUUAUGACAGGUAUAUUUUUUCCUUAUAAGAGAUCAAUGGCAUCACACCAUAAUGCUAAUCCCUGGCAUGGCAGGUAAAUACACUUACUCCUUGUAUUGGUUCCUAACCGUUGUUG